UUUCUGCGCCUGCGCCAGUGGCCACGCGCACUUGGGCUUACUCAGAGCGUCUGUGGGGGAGCAGCAGGCUAACAGCUCUUUUCUCGCAAGUCCAGCCAGCCGAGAGGGUGCCCGCGACCAGCGAGCAAGCAAGCUCCUGAGCUGUCCCUGUGGGCCCUGUGUGGCCGCCCACGUGCUCUGGCCAACUCCGGCUCCGGUCCCCCGUCCGGUUCCAGGCCCAGCUGAGCCAUGGCGUGUUCCAAGGAGGAGAGUAAGAAAAUCCGGGCCUUGCCCAUUGUCCAAGAGGGGGAGCGAGUGUUGACCUUCCACGGGCCCAUGCUGCGGGAGGCCGAGUGUAUCCGGGCAGUGGUGGAAGACCGGCAGGUCAAGUACCUGGUGCGGUACCAGGUGGAGAGCGGGCCCAGUGGGGAGGUGGCGGGAGGUGCCAGGGCCCACCCCUCUGACUGCAGCGGUGGUGCCGCCGUGCCUGGUACCAGUUUGGCCGGCACCGGUGCAGGCCUGAGCGAGGAGAUCGGGCCGGUGGCGUGCUGGCACUACGAGUGGAUCCCGGAGAGCCGUGUGCUCCGCUACUGCAACACCAUGGGGAAGGAGCCGGAGGGCAGCAGUUGCAGCAGCACCAGCAGCAGCAGUGACCUGGGCCAGCACGAGGCCUCAGCUGCUGCAGCAUCCGCUGCGGCCUGGGGCCCCUGGGGGGCUUCGGGCCAGGCCUCUGACUGGGGGGAGGGCUGCAGCUGGGGCGCCGGGGCCACAGGGGGAGGAGAGGGCAGUGGGGGGAGGGGCGACGACGUGGCGCCCCCGCCCCCACCCCCACCCCCACCCCCGCUUGUGGCGCCCAGGCGCCUGGGGGUUGGGGCCCCCAAAAGGAGGGAGAUCAAGGUGCCCCUGCCCGAUGCCCUGAAGCCCCUGCUCGUUCGAGACUGGGAGCUGGUGACCCACGACAAGAAGCUCUUCAGGCUGCCCGCCCACAAGCCUGUGGACGCCAUCCUGGCCGAGUUUGGCGCCUUCCAGCAGCACUGUGGGGUGGCGGCCAAGGAGUACGCCACCCCCGAGCUGGUGGCGGGCAUCAGGGAGUACUUCAACGUGCUGCUGGGCACCCAGCUGCUCUACAAGUUCGAGAGGCCCCAGUACUUGGAGAUCCUGGGCCGCUACCCGGGCUGCCCCAUGUCUCAGAUCUACGGCGGCGCCCACCUGCUGCGCCUUUUCGUGCAGAUCGGCUCGGCGCUGGUCUACUCGGGCCUGGAUGACCACAGCCUCGACGUGCUCCUGGGCCACCUGCAGGAUUUCCUGGCCUACCUGGCGGCCAAGCCCGCCCAGCUCUUCACCCCCGCCGACUACCAGGUGGCCUCGGCGGAGUACCAGCUCCGAGCCCCGCCCGAGUGAAGCGGCGGGCCGGGCCGGGCGGGGCCGAGGCGGGGCGGGGGCUGGCUGUGCGGUGUGGGAAAACUGGGGCGGGGAGGGGCGGGGCGGCCGUGUUACUAGCCCUGCUGCGAAGUUCUUCCCGGGGUGGGCGGCUCUGGAACUCGGUGCCCGCUACCCUGCGAAGCCGCUAGGCUCGGUGGGGCCCUCCAAUCGCCUCACCCGCUUCGGACCCUGGCCGCCGGUCACCUGCAGGCAGAGCUCCCGGACACCUCGACCUCAACUUCGGCGCGCCCCUCCCCUUUGCUCCUGCUUAGGACCCGGCGGCAGUCCGCAGUGCCUCAAGACCUCCGAUGUGGUGCUCGAGACUAUCUGCCCGCCCGUCCCGCGCCGCCCAGCACCCCCCCUUUCCCCCCGGCUUAGGGUUUCCCCCGAAGUCAGUUUGGUUCAGUCCAAGCUCCGCCCCCUGAGCCCCCUCCCAUCCUCCCUUGGUCCAGUCCUUCAGGUUAUCUUGUAGUGAGUUCUAGUGUUUUCCCGGCGGUGCUCUGCCAGAGCCGGACCAGGGAUCUGGAAAUAAAGUACUUCGUUUUUUGCAUCCGAAAA